GGUAUCAAUGUAAACGUGAUUGUGGGGAAUAGUGUAGUUUAUACUGUUUGUUCCAAGGGUAAUCUAUACUCAUCGACUCUGGCAACGCAUUAAUCUGCGACCGUUGUGGGAAUUCCCUUAUUUCUGUGUAAUUUAAUGAACUUUGCUUUCAUAACUUUUUCAUAAAUGCAUCCAAAUGUUUUAUUUAUAUAGUGCAAACUAACCUAUAAACUCAACAGAACAACAACAAAUAAAUGAUUAAUUUACCCAGUUGCGCACUCACAUACAGAAAAGUAAAACGAGUUAUUUGAAAGAGGAGGCCCCAAAAAUAAUUUAGUCGUGUUUACGUAGGUAUUCUAUGGAAAUUAAAUUAAAAUGUCAUCUAAAGUUAAAAACGUUCGUCCCGUGGUGAUACUAAGGACCGGAUUAAUUAAAAACCAUAAACACUUAAAGGUAAUAAACAAUAAGCAGUUUUUUAAAUCCGAUCUUAUCUACGAAUCGAAGGAUGGUGAUUUUUUACGGGCGGCAGGACGUAAAGUCGCCGUGAUCAACACGUUGAAUCGUAUUACGAACGCCAGUCGCACGAUCGCGACGUUCACGGGCAGUGAUGGAGUCAAAGCCGCGAACUCUGACGGCCUAGUGAAGCUGAUCGGGCAGUCGAACUACGAAACUGUGCUCUCAGCUCUAUGCUCGGUCAUAUCCCAGGAGCUUAGAGUCCGCGGCAUACUAGCACUCCUGACCACUCCCAAGAAAAGUAAAGAUGCCUCAACGCAAACUGAAAAACCGGAUUUAAACGAAACUUCAUCUCAAACGAAGGAAACAUUUUUUAAUAUAUUUUCAAAACCAAAACCGAAGAGAGCACGGAGACCGAUAGAGCCCUACGUUGUUAAAGAGCCCCAAAUCAAGAAGCUUGUAAUACAUCCGGAGGACUUCUAUAAGAAAAACAUUGAACUUAGUAAUGAUAAUUCAAGCGAUGUGACAGGGUCUUGGUCAUCAUUCGCGACGCGGAGCACACUGCUGAAAGAUCCCUUGGCCCUGCUAAACGAUGUAGAUAAAUACAUCAAGACGCCGGGAAACGAUUCAUUGAGCAAAUGCAACUCUUUAGAAAAUUUUCUGGACGUGUCCGACUUGUAUGAUUUUAAAACGAUGAAAUCUGAACGGCCGAUUAUUAUGAAUGAUGAGCAUAAAAGAAAGAUUGCAUCAUCUCUGUCUUACGUUGAGUGGACAACUUGCUUGGUACGAGACGAAGAUGGAAACUUACCUAUCCACAAUGCAGUCCUUAAUGACAACAUCAAAAUGUUAAAAAGACAGUGUCAAGUAUUAAAAAAGAAGAACCACUCAGUAGAUAUACCAGGGAAUGGCAAUUGGACGGCUUUGAAAUUAGCGAUACUGAAGGACCAGCCGAAGUGCACGGAGGUGCUGCUAAGCUUCGACGCUGAUGUGCUGCUCGCGGACGAAAGCGACAGGCUGCCGCUGCACCACGCGGCCGAGGUCUCAAGCCAGCACCUGGAGUUGAUCCUCGAGCAUUGCAAGCAGAACGCCAGGAAAAUCUAUCUGGAGGAGGAGUCCUUGUGGAAGGAGAACAUCGCUGAAUAUUCGGAUGACAUUAUAUUGGAUUACCUAUUAAGCUACAUGUGCAACGCGUGCGACAGCGAAGGUAACACGGCCCUCAGCAUCGCCUGCAAGAGGGGCCGCCACGAGAACGCGCGGCUGCUACUGCGCGCCGAGCCGGGCAGCGCCAACCGCAGCGCGCCCACCGGCGGGGACACGGCGCUGCACUCCGCCGUCGCGGCCGCCGUCGCCGUCUUCAGAGAAAGCGGCGAUAGGAUCGCGAUCGAGAACUACAAGAAGACCAUAGAGGUGCUGGUGGACGGCGACGCGAGCCCCUCCGUGCCCAACUGCGCCGGCCUCACCGUCACCGACAUGCUCGCCGACGCAGACGCGCCCGACCUCUCCGCGCUGCUCGCCGCCGCGCUCUCCAGCAGGAGGCUGGGGGCCGCGCGCCGCCCGCCCGGACCCUACAUGCUGCUGCGCGGGCAGGACGGACGCCUCGACGUGGCGCACGUCGCCAGCAGGCAGCCCGCCCGCGCCCCCGCCGCAAGGGACCGGGGCCUCCCUACUGAGCCGAAAACUAAAAUCAUCGAGAACGUUCUAGUGAAUUUAGGUUCGAGUAUUGGUAACGUUAAAGUUCGGAACGUCUGCAGGGGAAGCGACGCUAGGAAUAUCAGGAUUACGGCGAAACGAAGCGGCAGCGCGCGCGGCGAGGCGGCGGGGAAGAAAACGAAACUUUGAUAUAUGGGGACGAGAGGAACUAUUAUGCUAAACUGACGGUAGUUCUCAGUAAAAAAUCACGAAUCACCGGGUGAACCGCGUCCCGUAACAAAGACAGAAGAUCGCGCACACAGCGAGCUAGAAAGAGACGACAGGUGUUCUCGAUUUUCCGUCUCUAAGAACAUUCCAAUUAAAUACAGGGUGGGUUUUGUUUGUCAAUGACCCGGAGUCUGCACAAGGAUGGCCUUACAUAGGAGUCGCAGCACACGACAAAUAGAAAUUAUUCACCGAAAUACUAAUUAUGAUCCAAUUUAACCCUUUGACUGGCGUGUAGGUCACCGGUGCCCUACGCGGCGCACUCCAGUAAUUAUUUUGUCGUCUUUUGUUUGUUAAUGUAUGACUUUUAGAAAUUGAUUCACUCGCAUUAUCUUAGGAUUCGUCUCUCCUAAAGUCUACUGGAUAUUCCGGCGCUUUAGUAAGAAGAUUGAAGUGAAAAAUCGAGAUAAUAACUUGAGUGCGCCGCGUAGGGCACCGGUGACCUACACCGCAGUGAGAGUUAAUUGAAGACAUGAGUGGAUGAAGGGAUAUGAUACAAUUUGUUAAUUUUGAGAAAACGGGCAGCGAACUUUUGUUACUUGUACUUCUUCUUCAUAUAUAACUCCUUCUACACAUGCAAUUUCUAAAAAUAGCCUUUAAACACGGAGUUAUAAGUUCUAAUAUGGCUCAUAGGCGCAUAACACCUUCAUUCAAUCUUUAAAACUCAAAAAAACUUAAAAAUUGUACUAAAACCCUUCAUCCACUCAUGUUUUUAUUUAUUUAUUUAGACACACCAACAGCUAUACACACAAAACAUUCAAGCUUAAAAUUAACAAGUAUAAAAUUAAGUACUGGUUUGUAAGCCAGUUACAGGCAUGUACAGCAAUCUCUUAUAGCACACUAUGACAUGUUACAGAAAUUUUACAAACGGAAAAAUAGGUUAAAUUUAAAUAUUGUUAACAGAACGAAAAACAAAAAUUGAAAAUGAACACGAAGGUUUGGUAGGCAGCGGCUUAGCUCUGCCCCUGGCAUUGCUGACGUCCAUGAGCGACGGUGACCACUUACCAUCAGGUGGGCCGUAUGCUCGUCUGCCUACAAAGGCAAUAAAAAAAAAAAAAAAAAAAAAAAAACGAAACCAAGAGUCAACUACUUAACAUUCUCUCAUCAAUUAUAAAAAUAGAAACUUGGAUACCAGUUUGUUUUUGAAACCCAGGCCACGUGUCGUAAAAAAUGUCGAUGCCAUCAAUUAAUGCCAUCAAGGUAGUCACUCUAUCACAAUUCGCUUCUUAGUUAUCACCGAAUGACUGCCUCCAAAUCGCCAAUCUCAUGUUUCGAGUGUAUCUACAAAGUUCCAGAACAUUAUCCAUUGAACUAGUUGUUUCGAUAUCCUAUCUGACGACAGAUGGCGUUAUUCAUACCGACAUAUACAAAAAAACGUGUGGCACUCGGGGACUGCCGCGGUAAAGCUAUUGCAUAGCAUUUUGUAUCCAUUUAUGCAAUUAUAAUUAGACAAUAAUUUAAUAUAUAAACAGUAAUAAAAUAAGACCACGCGGUAGGCAGCGGCUUGGCUCUGCCCCUGGCAUUGCUGAGGUCCAUGGACGACGGUAACCACUCACCAUCAGGUGGGCCGUAUGCUCGCCUGCCUACAAGGGCAAUAAAAAAAGGUGGGUAGGCAAAUAAAAGACGUUCGUAACUUGAGUGCCGUUACCUGAACUGAACCGAUAGGCUAAAGAUGAAACCUUCAAUAGGGAUUUGAAAAUAAAACAGAUUUAUUAAUUUAUUUAUUUAUUCCAUUCAAUACAAAGUCUGGCUUACAGUUUUCACCAAAACGCCUGACUCGUUAACACACAAAAAAUUGUUGAAAUUAUUACGUACUGUUAUAAUAUUAUACUAAAAAUAAAAUUAUUUUGGAAUAAAGUAUUCCCCAACUAUCGGCAAAUACGUCAGCUUCCUGGAUUUCGGAGAGAAAUUCGUUUAACAGCGCAAUUGCCCUAGCCAAUGGACAGUUCCUAGCUCUACGGGUCCUCAGCCCCGCCAACGCCGCAGAUGACGUCACAUGUGUGUAAAUUCAGUACAAAAGUGUCGGAAGUUGAACAGGCGCUUGUCAGAAGCGAAUAAGCUGUGCUAGCGGUUGUUUUUUUGUAGCUAUAAAGAUUUAAAGCGUUGCCCCAACCUGAGAAUGCAUAAUAUCGAUAUUAUUACGCGGGAAAAUGCAAAGAAGUUUAACUUCUGUUAAGCGCACGCAGGUGUAAUUGCAAUUGAAACGCUACUUAUUUCGUAAUAACGACGAUACCGGAGAUUAAAUUGUAAUGCAAUAUUUUGUCGGGAGCGUAGACGCAAAGGACUUCAAAUCUUCGCCCACAGAAGUAUCACUUCUGUUCUAUUUUUGUUUUCAUUGUCUUCUAUAAUUUAUUAGAUCUUUAAGUAGUAUGAAUAUCUUUGCGUUUUAUAUUGUAAAUAUUCAUGCCUUAUUUUUUAUUUAUUUUACUUUUACAUGAAGUAUGUAUGAAUAAGUAUGUAUUAUUUGCUAUCAGUACUUAUAGUGAGACAUAUAUUGUAUGAAUUUGUAUUAUCGGCGCUCGUAGUUCUGGGAUGUAAUGUGUUGCCAAUCACAAAAUUACAGAAUCGAGUUUUUAUGUAUUUAUUUUUGUUUGUUUUCUUCUUCUUUUUUUUUGUCUCAAAAUUGGUUCUUUGCGAUGCCAUUGUUGCCAAUAAACACCUUCUAUCGAUAUAUAUGUUGAAUUGGUAAGAACGUAUGAAAUAUUGUCGAACGGAGUGUUAAGAUGUGAGUGUGAGUGUAAGAUUUCCUCUCGAAACAGUAAGAAAGGGAAAAAAGAAUGAGAGACAGAAUGAGAGAGAAAAAGAAGAUGGCGUAGAGAUUUAAAUGAGCAAGGAGUAAAAAAAAUGUGAAUAAAUUUUUAAUAACUAUAUUAUCAUCAUCAUCACUGUCUUGCCCUUCUUCCAGUCACCUGGGGUCGGCGCAACAUGUUUUCUCCUUCGAUACUCUUCUAUCUUAUACCAUUUCUUAGCCCACUCCCCUCUUACACAUAUCGUCUUUCACGCAAUCCAUCCAUUUCUUCUUAGUUUACUUCUUCCUCUAAUUAAUUCUUUCAAAAAGAGUAAAAGUGCAACAGUGGAAUAAUUUUAUUUUAUGAGCCACGAUCCCAAUUCUAAAUAUAUGUAUAUAUACGCAUAAAAUGAAAUGAAAUGAUGUUCAUUCAAAUAAAGAAUAAAGAAUUGAGACGGAA